AUGUGCACCCAAGAACUAAUAUGGUGCAGCUGCGGACACGGCGAAUUCCUCGAAAUCAAAAAAUGCCGCACGGGUCACCUCACAGGCCGCUGCUGGACGGUCGUGCACGGGAACCACCACCUCGUCGUGCCGGCGGCGUGCUCGUACUGUCAGAGUGGGCUGAACAAGAAGAAGCCUUUGGGAUCGCCGCGGCCGAGGGAUGAGUUGGCGAAGAAGGUGGAGGCGAAUCAGGAUGUUGAGUUGGGGAAGAUGUUGGAGGAGGGGUUAUUGGAGGAGGCGAAGUGGUUGGAGGAGUGUGCUGGGGAUGGGGCGUUUUCUUCGUUGGAGGAUGUGUUGAGUACGGAUUGGAGUGGGUUUGAUCUUGAGAGGGAUGUGGAUGUGGAUUUGUGGAAUUUGGAUCCGGGGUUGGUGGAGGGCGGUGCGCUGGGGAGUAUACCGGAGGAGGAUGCACAGUGA